UUCCGCGGUGAGUUUUAAAUUUAAGCAGUAUUAUUCGUAGAACAAUGUCACACAAAUACUUCCCGCCACAAACAUGGAUGCCACUCAGGUCUUCCUCGCAUUCACUCUCUUAACUACUGGUGGCCCUUUUAAAAUCCAAGCUUUGAAACCAAGUCCAUUGUACUGUCAACGCUUGGUUCCACCUGUAAUAACUUCAGUCCUUUCUCCGUGUACAUUUCCAUGCGUUCUGCGUCUCAGCGAAGCACACUGGAAUAUUGUUUUGCAAUCGGAGAGUGACGGAACGCCAUGCAGAGGUGGCUUGUGUGCGAGUGGAAUUUGUAAGCCAACGCCAUCAUUUCAAGGACACAACCGCUUCCAGCAGGACUUCAUCUCGUUGGUCAUGCAACUUGGUUUUGGCUUCGGUUUCAGCGACACCAAAGCUAACCGCCAACGAAUUCCGGAGCUCACUAUUAGCAGCCACGGGCGAAUUGGGGAGACAGAUGCUCUGAUGAACACUGAACGAAAGCUAGGCCUAAGUGAUAAGUCAGGAGUUGGCGGUGGCCAUGCGAAUGCUAGCGGCAUAAAACAUAUUGCCGGCAGCGUUGGCGGACGAAAUCGUAGACGUUUUAUUUACGGCGAUGGUGCGAUAUCUGGGGUAAGUGUCUCAAGCGUCAGUAGAGCUGGAGACGUUCAGGUUAUUGAAGGAACUAGCGGACUUCGUCGCCAGAAGCGAGCGUUACAAGGCAUCCCUACUAGUCCUAACGACUACCGGUAUAAAAAGCUACUGGAAGAAAUAGGUGAUGACAGCGAUGAGAUAAUCGCUUUACCAGGAAACAGAGGCGGUGCAGACAAUUGGACUGGGCUAGGCAACAGGGGUGGUGCUGGCGGCAGAAUAAUCUGGGAUCCCUAUAGAUAUGGUCGUACCUUCACAAGUCCUUUCGAGUCCGGUCGCAGCAGCUACAGUACUGGACGCCAUCACGGCCUUGGUGGCGGUCGAGCAUUGGCCAUGCUUGCUGGCGCCAGUCUCAUGGGAGGCAGCGGUCAUAGAGGAAGCAGCGCGAUUCAUGGCGUACCGGGCAACCGUGGCACAGGUAUUUAUGGUAGAAUCUCAAAUCGCUCUCCCAGCUUCGGUAGCACCUCUUCGGGUAGCCGAAGCAUUAGUCGUGGUGCCACUGGCCUCGGAGGCAGAAGAAUUGGGAGUAGCAGCCAUGGCGGCAGUGGUCGUGGAGGAGGCGGCCGUGGUCGUGGAGGAGGCGGCCGUGGUGGCAGUUGUCGUGGAGGAGGCGGCCGUGGGGCACGAGGGUAAUCGUUUCUAUGCUGGAAGCAGGAAAAUAAGCAACCGUGUGCACCAGUGAGGCUGUAGCUCACAAUACCUUUGUAAGUGCUCAAAUGCUUCUGGAAUAAGGCGCCCAAUUCGUCGACAAAUAUUACCAUCGGUUGGCAUCGGUUGGUAUUUCACGAUUCGUUCGACAUUUAAAAGGUGGGUUAAAUAUUGAAAUUAAUCUUCAAAGUAAGAAAAAAAGAAAGCAAGUUGAUAAUUAGACGAAUGUGUUUAUCGAAUAAGAAAGAAACACUGGAGAUUUUCAUAUAUGUGUAAUUGCGUUUGCCUGAGACAUCAAGUGAUCAGAGUCACGUGUAGUGGUCGUGGUCCCGGGAAGCGGUGCACUGUGCUGCAUAAAAAUUUGUUAACAAAUGGUCAAGCAAAUUCAUCUGCAGGACACAGAAGUGAUGGAAUUGAUGUAUAAGUGGCAAUUGUUUUUGAUAUUGUUUAAAAUCUUUUUUAACACAGAUAAGAGAAAAAUAAAUGACGGAAUCUAUAGUACAAAAAAUGUUCCUCUCUACAAUCUCUCUUGCGAAUUUGAGCCAGACGAUGUGUUCGUGGACCACAGUCCUCUACCGAGUACUCACGCCACCAUAGAAAAGGACACACCGCCCUCACAAGACAUGACCUUUGAAAAUAAAAGUUUGUUCUCACCGG